GGUGGGAGCCAGGGAAGCCCAAAAUCCGACCCUCAACAAGUCUAGGAAUCUCAGAAGACCCCGCUUGUUAUCUUCUGGGCCGCGGUAGAGAAUCCACUAUUUUGUCGUCUUCUGUGUGGCGGGGAAGGGGAGGAGGCGACCAGUGUGACGUGGGCGGCCCGAUGCAGAGAGGCCCAGACUCUCCUGCCGCCAUCGCUCGCUCGCGUAGCUUUGCACUCCGCUGCACUCCCGCCCCUCUCUCGCUGUUGUUGCAUUCCCGCCGAGGUAGCAAGAGGUAACGGUGGGCAUACGGCGGGCUGCUGUGAGCGACCGCGGGCAGCGCGCCACGGCAGACAUUCCCCCGCUCCGCUCCGGGUUGCGGGCAGGGAAAUCGAGUUCGGUGCGCGGUGGAGCGAGUCCCAAAGCGCCGACUCCUCCUCUCAAGGGGACACUUGAAAGUUCAAAGCGGCGGGCGGGGCGACAAGAAACCACCUGGCUGACUCGGCGAAGGAAAAGAAAGGCAGCGGGAAAGGAAGGCAGGGCGGGAGGGCGGGAGGGAGGGAGGGAGGGAGGGAGUAGCUAUGGCGGCGGCGGCCACGUCAGCCUCGUCCUCUUCUCUCGCGGCGACUCACGCCGCCUUAGCUGGCGGAGUCCGUGGACUGUCGACUACGAGUGCCAAAUCCGGAACGGCCAGGAAGAGCCCCCAUAGCCAGGAUCAUGCGCUUUACGCAUCGGCGUUUUUCGGCGACAGCGGGAAGAAGCUAUCCCUCCUCCAUGCUCGAUAUCGUCUUCAAGAAGGAUUAGUUGAGGUAGCUCGACGAGGGGGCCGUUGUGUCUGUGGCAAUAGCAAUAGCAGUAGCACUAGCAGUAGUGGGCGCACUGUGGCGGCGCGCGCAGAGGAGGGGGAAGAUGGGGAUAGCGGCGCGGCAGCGAACAACAACCGCCGGGCCUUUCUUCGGCGCGCUGUGAAGGCGGCGGGAAUGGUGGGACUUCCCGCCCUUUUGUCGCGAUCCUCGCCCGCUCUCGCCGCGGAGGAGCAGCCGGCCGUCGCUUCCUCCCGCAUGUCCUACUCCCGCUUCUUGGAGUACUUAGACAUGGACCGCGUGAAGAAGGUGGACCUCUACGAGAACGGCUCCAUCGCUAUCGUCGAAGCAGUGAGCCCUGAGCUAGGCAACAGAGUGCAGAGAGUGAGGGUUCAGCUCCCAGGACUCAGUCAGGAACUGCUGCAGAAGUUCCGCGAGAAAAACGUCGACUUUGCCGCGCACAACCCCCAGGAAGACAGCGGCGCUGUCUUCCUUAACCUCAUUGGCAACCUCGCGUUCCCGCUCUUGCUCGUUGGCGGGUUAUUCAUCCUCUCCCGCCGCUCGGGGGGUGGGCUCGGCGGUCCCGGCGGACCCGGCAAUCCGCUGAACUUCGGUAAAUCCAAGGCUAAGUUCCAGAUGGAGCCGAACACUGGCGUCACUUUCGAUGACGUGGCAGGCGUAGACGAAGCCAAGCAAGAUUUCAUGGAGGUGGUGGAGUUCUUGAAGAGACCGGAGAAGUUCACUGCCGUCGGCGCGCGAAUCCCCAAGGGUGUGCUCCUUGUUGGCCCGCCGGGAACCGGAAAGACGCUGCUGGCCAAAGCCAUAGCCGGCGAGGCGGGAGUGCCCUUCUUCUCCAUCUCUGGCUCGGAGUUUGUGGAGAUGUUCGUGGGAGUGGGUGCUUCGCGCGUCAGAGAUCUGUUCAAGAAAGCCAAAGAGAAUGCUCCCUGUAUUGUCUUCGUUGAUGAGAUUGAUGCCGUCGGAAGACAGCGCGGAACUGGAAUUGGCGGGGGGAACGAUGAGAGAGAGCAGACUCUUAAUCAGUUGCUGACGGAAAUGGACGGCUUUGAGGGGAACACCGGGAUCAUAGUGAUCGCGGCGACCAACAGAGCGGAUAUCUUGGAUGCCGCACUUCUUCGACCGGGGCGAUUCGAUCGACAAGUGACCGUUGAUGUUCCUGACAUCAAGGGACGGACGGACAUCUUGAAGGUGCACGCAUCCAACAAGAGAUUGGGGGCGGAUGUCAACCUGGACACGAUUGCCGCGCGAACGCCGGGAUUCAGCGGCGCUGACCUGGCAAAUCUGCUGAACGAGGCGGCGAUUUUGGCGGGAAGGAGGGGGAAGACCAGCAUCAGCCUGCAGGAAAUCGACGACUCGGUCGAUAGAAUUGUGGCGGGAAUGGAGGGCACCAGAAUGACGGAUGGCAAAAGCAAGAGCCUCGUCGCCUACCACGAAGUAGGUCACGCCAUCUGCGGGGAAAAGAGAUUGUGUUUUCUGGAGCUCAAUGGCGAAGCCACAAACAAACUGAAGUGAUGACCAGGCUGGAUAGUGCAGCACAACUAGCAGGGCACUGAAGCAGGGGCACAGUUGUUGCCCUUGCGGAACUAUCGCCUUCACCAUGGCGAUGAGUUUGCCGACAAAAUGUGGGAUGUGUGUGAUACAUGUUGUCCCACUGUCUUUUCAAUGGGGUCUUGAAAGCUGCGCCACAGGACCAAUCUCUUGUAGACCUCCUUCUCUCUCUCAAGCUCUCUCUCUCUCUCUCUCUCUCUCUCUCUCUCUCUCUCUCUCUCUUGCGAAGACCACUUUCUCUCUCUCUCUCUCUUUCUCUUGCGAAGACCACUCUCUCUCUCUCUCUCUCUCUCUCUCUCUCUCUCUCUCUCUCUCUCUCUCUCUCUCUCUCUCUUGGGCAGACCACGGUGCGUUGGUGUUCUGCGAUGCAAUGUGGGCAUUGUGUACGAUAUGUUUGCAAAAAAAAUCAGAUAAGAAUUUAUGCGCCAGUUUCAGUUGAUCAAUAGUGCCGCAGGAAGAUGACAAUUUCACUUGUCAAGUUGUCAGUAGUUUUUUUUACCAGACUUCAAGACACAGACCUUAAAAGUUCCUCCUUGGCAGCCUGGGCAGUGGUUGGAGGAUGUGAGGGAAAGUCUGGUGAGUUGGUAGCGUGUGAGUUUCCUCUUUGUAUUUAUUAUUACGUCAGAGUACAUUUUGUAAUUAUUUUUUCAUUACUGCAAGCGACUUCCUGAUUUUUAGUGUUGCGUUCUUUCCUUGCAAUUUUGCUCUCCUCAUCUUUUCCCCUUUUUUGAAGUUUUUUCCUUUUUUUUUUUUUUUUCCUUUUGUUCUUUUUGGUAAAGCAAUCACUAUUCUCCUUGUAGU